AUGUCCUCUUCAGCUCAGUCUAGAUUGUCACAAGUUGCCAACAUCUUGAGUCCAACCAAGGCACCACACUCCCACACAUCACUCAACCCCGACCACCCAUUCAAGAUUGCCGUCAUUGGUUCCGGAAAUUGGGGUACUACCAUUGCUAAAGUCUUGGCUGAGAAUGCCCUCGCUAGACCCCACUUGUUUAGCCAUUAUGUCAAAAUGUGGGUUUUCCAAGAACAAAUUGAUGGUAAGAACUUGACUGAUAUUAUCAAUAUCCAAAAUGUCAAUAUCAAAUACUUGCCAGGAGUCAAAUUACCCACCAACUUGGUUGCUGAACCAAGUUUAUUGAAAACUGUUGAAGACGCCGAUUUGAUUGUGUUUAAUUUGCCACACCAAUUCUUGCCUAAAAUCUUGCCCCAAUUGAAAGGUCAUGUGCCACCAACAGCAAGAGCCAUUUCAUGUUUGAAAGGUUUGGAAGUCAACAAGGAAGGCUGUAAGUUACUCAGUACUUAUAUCAGUGAAGAAUUGGGAAUUGUAUGUGGUGCAUUAUCAGGAGCAAACUUGGCUCCGGAAGUAGCUAGAGGUAAGUGGUCAGAAACUACCAUUGCCUACACAUUACCCAAGGAUUACCGUGGACCAGGUAAGGACAUUGAUGAAUUUGUAUUGAAGGCUGCUUUCCACAGACCAUACUUUCACGUUAAUGUAAUUGAAGAUGUUGCUGGUGUUUCCGUUGCCGGUGCAUUGAAGAACAUUGUUGCGUUAGCAGUUGGGUUCGUCGAAGGUUUAGGUUGGGGAGAUAAUGCCAAGGCUGCCAUUAUGAGAGUUGGGUUAUUGGAAACUAUCAAGUUUUCCGAAACGUUUUUCCCUGAAUCGAAAGCAUCUACAUUCACCGCUGAGUCUGCCGGUGUUGCCGACUUGAUCACCACUUGUUCCGGGGGUAGAAAUGUUAAAGUUGGUAGGUACAUGGCCCAAACUGGUGCUUCUGCUCAAGCUGCCGAAAAGAAAUUGUUGAAUGGACAAAGCUCUCAAGGUAUUGUGACCGCAAAGGAAGUUCAUGAAUUGUUGGAGAAUACUGAUAAAUUGGAUGAAUUCCCAUUGUUUGAAGCCACGUAUCAAAUCAUUUACGGAUCGGAAUCUAUUGAAAACUUGCCUCAUUUGUUGAACUCUGAUCAUCCAUGA